AUGGCGGAUUUCACAAAAGAAGUGACCUUCAAGUCGGUCCAAAUCGACGCCCUCGUGGCUAUCAAGCUCGCUACUGCCAGCGGAAAGUCGUUUCCCAGCGUGGCGACCGGAAGCCUGGUGGGCAUGGAGAAGAACGGCAUCCUCGAAAUCACCAACUCGUUCCCCUUCCCCGAGACAGCCGCCGCUGCGAACGAUGGCCAGAGCGACUCUGCCAGCAACCUCGCUGCUUCAGCUCCCCGUGCUAAGCACAACGUCGCAUACAGCAACGAGAUGAUCAAGUUCCUGCGCGAAGUCAAUGUGGACGCGAACAACGUCGGCUGGUACACAAGCACAAGCAUGGGCAACUUUGUCAACCUGCAGACGAUCGAGAACCAGUACUUCUACCAGAACGCCCCCGACGAGAAGACGGUUGCGCUCGUCUACGACGUCAGCAGGAGCUCCGAGGGCGCCAUGAAUCUGCGCGCAUACAGGCUGUCGCCCGCCUUCAUGACAGCGUACAAGGAGGGCAAGUUCACAACUGAGAGCCUGCAGAAGAGCGGCCUCAGGUACUCGGACAUCCUCCUCGAGCUCCCCGUUACCAUUCGCAACUCCCACCUCCUCACCUCCCUUCUCCACCAGCUGCCCACACAGGCACCCAAGGAGGAGCUCGCUUUUCCCCCGAACCUGUCUGCCCUGCUCCAGGACAAGAACACCCCCCAGCCUCCCCUGUACCCCAACUACGACUCGCUCGACCUCUCCAUCGAUCCCUUCCUUGAGAAGACCUGCGACCUGCUCCUCGAGAGCAUCGAGAACCACCACACCGAGCUCAACAACUACCAGUACUACCAGCGCUCGCUCGCCCGCGAGCAGACCAAGAUCACCGCAUGGCAGCAGAAGCGCAAGGCCGAGAACUCUGCGCGGUCGGCCUCGAAGCAGCCAUUGCUCCCAGAGGACGAGUGGCAGAGGCUGUUCAAGCUGCCCCAGGAGCCCAGCAGGCUGGAGACGCUGCUCAACUCGAGGCAGGUCGAGCAGUACUCGAGGCAGGUGGAUGGCUUCACCGCAGGCGUCACAUCGAAGAUGUUCGCGGUCAAGUCGAACCUUCUGCCAGGGGAUGCUUGA